CAAUUCUCCUAUCAGAAGACUUCUUCCUGAUCAAAGCACACAAAUGGCAUUCAUUUAUUCGAUCAUCAUCCUCCAGUACUCUUAAAGUCAAACGUUUUCUCAAUAGAAGAAGUGGAUUUACUUUCCUCUCUCAUCAGAAGCGUCACAGAGCUGAGAUGAAAUCAAAAGGGAAGGUGCUCAUUGUCCUGCUGUGUGUGACUACUAUCUGUGUGUCUUGGAAAAGAUAUAUGUCAUGCUCCCUGCCUCAGAAUAAAAGCCCCUGUGCUUGUGAGCGAUGUUUAUCUGAAGAUGAUCCGUGGUUUAUGAAGCGUUUCAACAAAUCUGUUGAACCAUUUUUGUCAGCAAACUACAAUCUCUCAGAGGACGCUUUCAACUGGUGGAAGCGCUUACAGCAUGAAAAGGGCAACUUGAGUACCUUCAGAGAAACAGUGGAGAGGAUGUUUCUGACGGUCCCACCCAGUCCAGAUGUUCUAGAAUCCAGCCCUGACCGCUGCAGGACUUGUGCUGUGAUGGGGAAUUCUGGUAAUUUGAGGAGAUCACAUUAUGGAUCUCUCAUAGAUUUCCAUGACGUCAUCAUAAGAAUGAACGCUGGUCAUACCAAAGGCUAUGAAGCAGAUGUUGGGACCAGAACAACUCAUCGUAUCAUGUAUCCAGAGAGUUCUGUGGAUUUAGAUAACACCACUCAUCUUGUGCUGGCUCCAUUUAAGAUACAGGAUCUUGAGUGGCUCACAAAGGCCCUAACCACAGGAUUCAAAGGACGAUCAUAUGCACCAAUAAAAUCAAAAAUCAAAUCUAAUAUGGAUUUGGUGAUGGUCCUCAAUCCAGCUUUUAUGAGGUAUGUUCAUGACAUGUGGCUGGAAAAGAAGGGCAGGUAUCCCUCCACUGGCUUUAUUGCUUUGGUUCUUGCCCUGCAUAUGUGUGAUGAGGUCAGUGUGUUUGGUUAUGGAGCAGACAGUGAUGGAAACUGGAGUCAUUACUGGGAAAAACUCAGAAACAAAAAGUUAAAAACUGGAUCACAUCCUGGAGAUACCGAGUAUAGAAUAAUCCAGGAGCUAGAUGAGCAACAGAAACUCAAGUUUUAUACAGGGUUCUGA